UUGUUGCCCUCACUCUGCUAAGCUAAGCAACGACGCCGGAGGAGGUCGUAUCGUGUUCGUCUCCAUUCACUUUAUACUGAUGGAAGUAGAAGUGGCGGACCUUUAUGCGACUAAUGCAGGACCAAUUGAUGGUUCAGUUUUAUAUGAUCAAGAUAAGCAUGUAUCUACGGCAGUUUGGGAAGGACAGGAGCGUGGUGCUCUCAGAUGCCAUGAACACACUUCAAAGCUUGAUCAAUGGACACUUACUCAUAAACAGAUUGAAUUGGUACAGAAGGCUGGUUUUGGGUACUUAAGAUCAAUUCCAGCCAUUAGUCUCGAUAACCCUCUUAUCUCUGCCCUGGUUGAAAGGUGGAGAAGAGAAACAAAUACUUUCCACCUAAAUGUUGGAGAAAUGACGGUAACCCUCAAAGAUGUUGCUCUCUUACUAGGUCUGGCUAUAGAUGGGGACCCUGUAAUAGGUAUAACAUAUACUGCAUGCAGUUCAGUCUGUGAAAAGUACCUUGGCAAAGCACCUGAAUCUGGUUAUACAAGUGGUGGAAUGGUGAAGCUGAGUUGGUUGAAAGAGUUCUUUUCUCACUGUCCUGAAAAUGCUUCAAUGGAAGUAAUAGAGCAACAUACUCGUGCCUAUCUUCUUUAUCUUGUAGGUAGUACCAUAUUUUCCACCACCACUGGGAACAAAGUCCCCGUAAUGUACUUGCCGUUAUUUGCGAAUUUUGAGCAAUGUGGAAGAUAUGCCUGGGGUGCAGCAGCAUUAGCAUUUUUAUAUAGAGCUCUGGGAAAUGCCUCUCUGAAAACUCAAAGCACUAUUAGUGGCUGUUUAACACUACUGCAGUGCUGGAGUUACUUUUACCUGAAUAUUGGCCGGCCAAAGCUUAACCACGAUCCUAUGCGUGAUCAAUUUCCAUUUGUGCUAAGAUGGAAAGGAAAACAAAGUGGUCCAACAGCAAAUCGUGAUGUAAUUUUCUACCGGAAGGCUUUGGAUUCCCUAAAACCAAGUGAUGUGGAGUGGCUGCCAUACAGAAGCAUGGACAGUACGGUAAUUCCAGAAGACAUCAAAAGCACUUUAAUUCUUGGGAGGUCAAAGACAAUGUUGAUAUGUUUUGACAAGGCAGAGAGGCAUCUUCCGAAUCGAUGCCUAAGGCAAUAUGGCAUGCUUCAAUCAGUUCCAGAGCAUGUGGAGCACUGGGAGAGGAAGAGUCGAGGAGUUGAUGGUGGUGUCAAUUUGUCAGGGAAAAUGGAAUCGGAGCUUAGUGAAUGGAUGGACCGGCAUCUCCAUAUUGUCGAGGGUUAUGAUGAGGUAGAUGAAAAUGAGUACAUACAAUGGUAUCUAAAAAUUACUCGCAGAUUUGUGGGAAGGCCUAUUUCUCUCUCAUCCGAGUUUCAAAGAACAAAUGCUGGUUUGAGGGAUAUCGCACAUAUAGCGGACACUUUUGCGACUGAUGGGCUGGAUGCAGAUCAAAUUGAAUCAAUUUCUAGAAUAAGAUUAAUUGCACAUGAAUGUUUGAGAGACCAGUUUGGUAGUCCAGCCAUAGUGCCAGCCACCCCACAAGUUGAGCUUGGAAAGAGGGUGAGAGGAAAGGAGAGGGUUAGAAGAAAAGGUUCUGGUAAACGAUUGCGGAGAGAUGAAGAUGAUGAUGCAGUUCAGUAUAAUGCAGCUAGUGAGGAUGAGCAACCUCAGUUCUACGGUGCUGCUAUGAAGAUUGAAGAAUUACAACUAAGUCAAGUCGACAGAGAACCGGAUCAAUCACAAAUCUAUGCGUUAGAUAAUGAGGUCAAUUCUGUCCUGUUAAUUCAUGCAGAUGGUGACAAUGGUGGUGAGAAUCUGCAUCUUUGUGAUGCAAACUUCGAGAUGGAUCAAUCAGCGUUAGCCUCUGCAGCUGGUGAAGAAAAUAAUGAGGAGCCAAGGCUUAUAUCUGCUGAGGUCAACAAUGAAGAACUAAAGCAUGCAGCUGGUGAGGUUAACAAAGAACUAAAACAUUUAGCUUCUGAGAAUAACAGUGAAGAAGCUGGCCAUCUGGCUUCUGAGGUUAACAAUGAAGAACUGAAGCAUUCAGCUGAUGCAGUUAUAAAGGAAGAACUGAACCAAGUGAAUGGCGAUGAAAAUGCUGAGCAAAUGGAUGCAACUAACAACGAGGUUCAUGAUGUACAACCUUCUGAUAUCUCUAAGGAAGUUGAUGAUUCACAGCUCUCUGGUGCAAGUCAUGAGAUCAAGAACACCAGUCCUUCUGAUGCUUCAUUAGAGGCCAAUAACUCAGAUCAUGUGACUUGA